ACCUUGUAAUUUCCGCGUUUCUCGAGGCGCCUACAGACACAUAAAAGUAGAGCCCCCUCGACUUUGUUAUCAUUCAAGCGACUACCAAAAUCCUCAGCAAUACAAUGUUUUCACCCAGACAAUAUAUUCUCGCUGCUGCAGCUUUAUCAAUCGGCAUGGCCAACGCCUUCACCGGUGACGGUACGUCUUCCUUUCCUUACAUCUACUACUAUGACUUUGACAAUAAUCCCACAGCCACCUGGUAUACCCCCAACGGUGCCUUCGGGGCUUGUGGUACUCCUUUGCAGAAUUCCGACCACAUAGUCGCGCUCUCCAGUAACCAGUACGCAGGAGGCGCACACUGUGGGCAGCACAUCGGUGUAUCCUACAACGGAAGGUUCGUGGACGCCACCGUUGGCGACCUCUGCCCUGGUUGCGGUCUCAACGGAAUUGAUCUUUCCUCGUCCGCGUUCCAACAGCUCGCCGGUCUUGAUGUUGGGCGCAUUCAAGUCACCUGGAAUUACGAGUAGAUAUCGAGACUCGAUGGGAAUGUCGACCCUUGGUAGUCUUCCACCAUCCUAAUCCUUGUGAUGCUACAUUCUCAUAGUAUCUGUUGAAUUUACGCGUCGAUCUGUGGUUCAAGCCUGCUUAUUUGAAAAUAAAUAUGUGCUAGUGGUUG